AUGGUGAAAAAGCUCGGUCAGUGGCUCCCACAUGCAUUGAGCGACGGCAACCGCCAAAGUCGCCUGGACAUCUGCACUCAGCUGCUCUCCAGAAGCCGCAUAUUCGAUUGGCUGGACACCAUUGUCACUGGAGAUGAAAAAUGGGUCCUCUACGUCAGCCACACCCACAAACGUGCGUGGUGCGCUGGCGAUGAAAUGCCGGAUCCUUUCGUGAAAGGUGAAAUCCAUGAGAAGAAAGACAUGCUGAGCGUCUGGUGGGUAGUUCAUGGAAUCUACCGUUACCGACCACACGACAGUUACUGCCGAGGUCUACUGCGCUCAACUACAAAGGAGGCCGACAAGAUCUGCAAGGAGCACCCGAAGCUCGACAACGUUCGCCUGCUGCACGAUAACGCGCGCCCUCACAUCGCGAAGAAGACUUCCCAGAAAAUUCAGGAGCUCGGAUGGGAAGUUCUACCGCACCCACCGUACAGCCCGGACCUGGCCCCGAGCGACUACAACCUCUUCCGAUCGCUUCAGCAACACCUGGAAGAGAAGCGCUAUGAUGAUCGUGACCACCUCGAAAAUGACUCUAGAGCUUUCUUCACCUCCAAGGCGCCGGAGUUCUAUGCCAAAGGGAUCCGUGAUCUUGUGAGACGUUGGCAGAAGGUUGUCGAUGUUGAUGGAGAUUAUCUCGUCGAAUAA